AUGGGCAGGCUCUUUCCGUCUUCUGCACUACUGCAGGCUAUCAAACUUGCAGGAGCUGCAGAUGUCAUCUCCCUACAAGAGGUAUCAAGGGAAGCGCUCACAGCAAUGCUUGAAGAAUCCUGGAUACGGCAAGAUUGGUACACAAGCGAUGCCGAUACCUACGCUUUCGCAAACCAAAAGUUCAUUAGCAUCACCCUGAUGUCCAAGCUCUGGGUAGCCAAAGAGAACAUUCUGCUCGGCGCUAUCUGGCGCAUCCCAUUGCCCAGUCGCUUUGGUCGAGACGCGCUAUGCUGCGACGUGGUGCUCAACUCCUCAACCAAACAAACGGGUAGGCAACCUCUGCGAAUACGACUCAUCAACGUCCAUUUGGACUCGCUGCCGAUCAAUCCGUCGCUCAGGCCACAGCAACUGUCCAUCAGCGCAUCGUACCUUAGCGCAGCGGGUCGCGGAAUCAUUGCCGGCGACUUUAAUCCCGUUCUUCCCGAAGAUGCCGACCUGGUCCGCGCGAUCGGUCUUACUGAUGCAUGGACACACCUCCAUCCAGACGACCCGGGUCAUACUUGGGGGGUGUACGGUGAACAUUCCUUCCCACCAAAUCGAUUGGAUAAAGUUGCUUUGUUCAACCUUACCACUUCAAGUAUGGGGAUUCUACAAACAAGGGAGUUGGAAUUCUGUGGCGAACAGACUGCGAUUGAUGGAAUGAGGUCGGGCUCGAGAGCGCAUUUCAGCGAUCAUUUUGGUCUUUGGUGCGAUGUUGGAUGGGCAGAAGACCGACCACUAUCCGAAUGAUAGACGUAUGGAGACUGAGUGAGUAGGACAUUCCACAAAGACUGUGUCUAUGGUAUUCGUUUUGUUGUUUGUUUCAACAGUCAACGCGGUCAGACGCGCGUCGACUUCCCUGCCUAG